AUGGAUCAAGAUACUGCUGCUCAAGACCCCAAACCUCUGGCCGAGGUAGACCUGGCAGCCAUCUCCGUACAGUCACGGAUACUACCAUUCUGGAGGGACCUUCCACGAGCCUGGUUCAUACAAUUUGAAGCUGUCGUCGACCCCUUGAAGACGUCCGAUGAUCAGAAGUUCCGUUACGUCCUGCAACAGCUGCAAGCCACGGACCUGCAACACGUCACCGACAUUCUAUACGACACGCCGGCUACUGAUAAAUACAUCAUAUUGAAGAACCGACUACUCGCCGUAUAUGAAAAAUCAGACGUAAAGAACUUCCAGAAGCUCGUCAGCGGUCUACAGCUGGGUGACCAGAAACCCUCUCAAUUACUUCGCAAGAUGCGAGAACUAAGCGCCGGUAUGAUUACGAACGAAGGGCUCCGUAUCGAGUGGCUUAACCAUUUACCUACUCAGAUACGCGUUGUUCUAUCCGUAAAUACCGAGUCAUCACUCGACACACUCGCCGCCAUGGCCGACAAGAUGGCGGAAUACUCCGAGCCCGCGAUGAUCGCCGCUGUAUCGACCGCAACAACAACUACGAACGACGCCGUAUCAACACAAAUAGCAAUGUUAUCGAAGCAGCUAGAAAAAUUGUCGCUAGAAAUCAACGAAAUACGCGGCCGCUCCACACAUCGUCAAUACCGUCGCUAUCGCUCCCAGUCAAGGCCACGAUCCAAUUCAAACUCAACAAGAAACAAAUCAUCUGUGAAGCCCGGCGAUGCCACGUGGGAAUGUAAAUACCAUUACCGAUUCGGCGAUAAAGCGAAGCGUUGCAAAUCGCCAUGUUGCCGAAGAAACAAAGCUUUAAACUAG